ACGAUCUGCUGCAGGAAAUAACAGAGAGUAGAAAUGAAAGUUGUUCAAGUGUACGGAACGUUUAACGUAACGUUUGCUAAUGACUCUUUUUAAAUGGCGUUUGCUUCAACGUUAGUUGUAUUGAUAAUUUGCCACGAACUGCUCGCGGGAUCCGACGGCGUCGAACUAAUCAGGAAAUAUCUGACGGACGGAGAAAGACUGAAGACUUUUCAGCGAGAACAUGAAAACAUUGAACACCACCGGAGCCGGAUUAAUUUCCAGAACUCACUCAAGAGACAAGUCUUUCUAAACCAAGCGCUGAAGAAAUCCAACCACUCUGCCCGGUAUGGCAUCAACCGGUUCUCAGACUUAUCCGCACAGCAAUUCAGAGAGCGAUAUCUCACAGCUCGGGCUGAGACCGCUCCGAAGUUUGACCCCUCUAGCACUGGAAUUGAAGUUAAGAUGAAUAAUCCACCCAGGUUUGAUUGGAGGGACCGUGGAAUUGUUGCGCCAGUCCGAAACCAGGAGUCGUGUGGAGGAUGCUGGGCCUUCAGUGUGGUGGAGGCCAUUGAAACGGUAUCUGCUAAAGAUGGUGGAAGACUGCAACAGCUCAGUGUGCAGCAGGUUAUAGACUGCUCCUAUGAAAACAAGGGCUGUAAUGGCGGGUCUCCUGUUGGAGCUCUGGAUUGGUUGAAACAGACCGAACUGAAGUUGGUGAACGAGGCGGAGUAUCCCUUCAAAGACAUGGCUGGGAUCUGCCAGUACUUUCCUCGGUCUCACGCUGGAGUGGCAGUGAGGAAUUACUCAGUUUAUGACUUCAGUGGACAGGAGGAGGUGAUGAAGAGUGUGCUGGUGGAGUCGGGGCCUCUUGUAGUCAUUGUGGAUGCCAUUAGCUGGCAGGAUUACCUGGGCGGCAUCAUUCAGCACCACUGCUCCAGACACAACCCCAACCAUGCCGUCCUGAUCACCGGUUAUGAUACCACAGGGGAGGUGCCGUAUUGGAUAGUACGCAAUUCAUGGGGGACCUCGUGGGGUGACAAUGGAUACGCUUACGUAAAAAUAGGGAAUGACAUGUGUGGCAUUGCGGACAACGUUGCUGCUGUUUUUGUGUAAUUGUCAAUAAUCUUUGUACUUCUGUGAAAAGACCGCGAUGGAUCGACAUUUUAAAAUAUCACCCUCAGGAUGGAGAUCCUCCGGUGUAGCUGAUGAGAAUUGUAAAAAUUCUCAAGGGGAUGCGGAUAACAAAUCCUGUUGCCUCUCGAAUGCAAAGCAAGCACGCUGCUAUUUGAGCUAAUACACCACAUUUCUAAUCCCAGCCACUGUAGCCCAAAAUAAUCACAGUCAGAGCCGGAUUCUAUUUUAGCUAGAUCUGUCCAUAAGGAUGUUUUAAUCUUUAGAAAACACUGUUAGUUAAUGCAAGCGCGCAGCCGAACACAUUAUUAUACAUGAAUACUAAUUGCAGCCUUAAAGAGUUUUGAAAGGAAAAAGUGCCUUUACUACAGUAUGUGCCGGAUAUGUUCUGCUUUUAAAAACAUUUUUACCUACAAAGUUGACUUCUUGUUCCGCUUGACAGUUUUGCAUUUGCUAAUGCAUUUUAAAAACUAUGCGAAUUGUUUACUUAUAGUAUAUAAACUCUAUCCAAGUUUACGUUUUGACAAAAACAGUUUUUUAUUUUUUCAAAUAAACAUGAAGUUUCUCUA